CCAGUAGCUCUGCUAUUUUAUUUAACAACAACAACCCAGUACCGGUAUGUACAGUCGUACCGCUGCGACUUCGACCUCCUUUUCCAUCCGAAGCAUGUCCCACGAGCAAGCUCACCUUCAACACCUCAUUUAAAAAAAAUAAAUACUAGACAAGCAAAUGCUCCAACGAUGAUAAUCAAAAACCGCCAUUGGAAGACAGAAGUUGCCCAACCAACAGCUAGCUGAUCACAAUAAUUAUUAUACCGGUACAUUUAGAGCUACUAGUACCACUACUACAGUAGCUAGUACUGUACUUGAUCUCAAUACGUCGUGUAGCUUGUCGUGUACAGAACUCGAGUAUUCAGAAAGCAAUUUCCAACAUCCGAUCAGCUCAAGCCACACGCCCCUAUGGACCAACUCAUGAAAACCCUCCGUCCCUACUGGCAUGAUCCAACCCAAAUUUUCAUACACACCACCCUCUCCCCAAUCACAGGAAGACCCGACUACACUUCCCUCAAACGACUUGAAAAAGAAAACAAAGACAAUGCCCGACGAGUCUUCAGCUCGCGCGGAGAUGAAGGUCACCUCCGUCUCUGUUACACCCUCAAAGACUACAAUGCCAGAGCAAACAUUGCCGGCAACAUAUGGAUCGACCCAGUCAACCCAGGACCACGACCCAAUAUCCCAAUCGACGCAACAGAAGCACAAGUCUGUCUUGCAGUAGUCAACCACCACUACGAAUUCCACCUGUACCAUUCCACCGAAAACGCACUCCUAAAGAAAGCAAUGGAAGCAGUUGAGGAAGUAUACUACAAAGCACUCGAAGACCCAGAUUUAGGAUACUAUCAAAUCAAAUACAUUGACUUCAUCCAACAUCUUCGCGAAACCUAUGGAGAACUUGAUGACGAUGACCUCAGCAAUAACAUCAAACGCAUGAAUGCACCAUGGACACCAACCCAACCAAUCCAACAACUCUUCAACCAAAUCAAAAAUGCGCAAGCCUUUGCACGUGACCAUGAUAUCAUCAGUGAAAAAACCGCAGUCCGGUCUGCCAUGACGAACCUGGAAAACAGCGGAGCAUUUCCCCGAGAUAUGAAAGAAUGGAGAUUAAAACCAGAGGCAGACCAUACUUGGAACAACUUCAAAAUCCACUUCACUGCAGCCAACAAAGAACGCCUCCGCACAAUCACAACGAAAGAGGCAGGAUUCCACGACCAAGCAAACAAAGCCAAUCAGCCUCAAAAGGACAACCCAUACAUCGUCAGAGACUCCAAUGGAAAAGAAAUAAUGGCAUACUGCUUCUCACACGGCCUCCAAUGGGACCUUACUCACACCAGCAUGACGUGCCGCAACCGCCACAAAGACCACAAUGAGGAAGCCACUGUGUCCAACAUGUGCGGAGGCCUAAACCGAAUCAAACGCCAGCCAGGAGAAGUUGCCAUCUUCAAAUACCAACCCAGCACCACCAACAGACGCACCAACGGAAAAGAAAACUGUAUCAAACAAAGAUAAAUCACCUCCAACGACGGUUGUUCUAGUAGUUCCCAUCCUAGAGUCGGCAUGUGUCGGAGCCAACCGUUUGAAGACCGGCAUCAGUCAAUGAAUGGUUUACUCCAGUAAAUCUGGAUAGCGUAGGGAAGUUUUCUACGGAAGCCAGGGUGGGCCAGGCUUGGGCAAAGAAGAGGUGGAAUUCGCUCCCGACUGAGUUAUGUGGGAUCAGCGGCCACAAACUGAGGACAGUAGAGUAAUCUAAAUCCAAGCUGUUGCAAUUACUAUUUUCCCCA